GUUGAAACAUGUGCAUAUAGCUGCGUCUUGUCUUUUCCUUUUCUUAUCCCUUUGCCAUUAGGGCAUAGAUAUAAAAGAGGUCAGAUAUUCCUUUCAAUUGCUGUAUUCUCUGGCUAUUCGUGAUAUUGCCAUUAUAUAAAACUAACCUUAUUAAUUAACUAUGGAAAAUCCAGUUGCUGGUUCAAAUUUACAAUCCCCGGACGAUUCCCCAUCUCAUCAACUAGGUAACCUAGUUUCUACAGAGAUACCAACUGAAUAUAAGACAGAUAAAACGACCUUCUCACCCGUAAAUUUAAAAAUGAAGACCGAUUUCUUUGCUACAAGCAGCAAAGAUGAAGUCAAAAACCAAGUUUCUCAAAUUGAUGAGGUGCAAGAGAAUGAAAAAUCAAAGGAAAAAUCAAAAGAAUCAGAGGAAUCAAGAGAAAAAUCAAAAGAAUCAAAAGAAUCAAAAAAAAAAUCAAAAGAAUCAAAGGAAAAAAUUGUGAAUCAUGAUAAACUUGAAAAGCAUGAAAAAGUUUCAGCUUCAAAUAUUGCUGAAAAAAUGAAUGAUGUCAAAAAGGAAAAUUCAACUAGUGAAACAGAAACUAAUAAAACUACUUCUUUCAAUACUAUUCCAAUCACUGAUGCUAAGAGGAAAAGACUCGCUAGAACUGGAAAAGCUCCUCGUUUGUACCCAUCAUACUAUGUGUUUUGUGGAGAUAAACCGACAGAAACUAAAAAACGUGUUACUGUAACUAAAAACGUUAAUGUCAACGUCAAUGUUAAUGUUGAUAAACACUUCGAAAAGAAGAAACAGGUUAAAUGUCCAUCGACUGAAAAAUCGGAUAAUAAAACAACUCCUUCAAAACAAAAACCCCUUGAUAAUCAAUCUGGAUCAAACAAUAAAAACACCAUAACCAAAUCUGAAAACGAAAAUGAAAACGUCAAAACUUUGAAACCUAAAAGCUACAAACAAAUUGAUAUUUACUCAUCUGAUUCCGAUGAUAACAAUAACAGUAUUAGUAAAGCUUUGGCUUCUCAAAUCCAAGACCUAAUAAACAGCAAUUCAAAUGUCAAAAAGACUGAAAUCAAGUUUAUCACACUUGAUAAGACUUCUAAAGACCAUGACAAAGUCAUUAAAAACUGCUGCAAUAAAAGAAAAAGUCUCAACAAAAAGAGAAAGAGGGAUGAAAUUUCCGAUGAAGAGUUCUCUGCUGAUGAGCUGCUUGAUCAUCAAAAACCCUUGAAAAAGAACAAAACUUUUGGGCCUUUCAAGACAAUCUUUUUUUCAAUGUUUGCAGGAAUGGUAAUUAUGUUUUCGGCAUUAAGUUCGUUCGGUUCAAGUUAAUUUUUUGGCGUAUUGAUAUUGUUUUUGAUAAUAACAUAGGAUUUUGUUUGGUUUGGCUAGGUUAUAUGAUGUCGGUUUUUGUUUUUUGUUUUAUUUUUGUUUUUAAUUAUAAGUUUUU